UUACUCGUAUGGAAUGUAUUCCUUACGCUUUACGCACGUGCACUCUUUGACAGAAGCCAAGGAAUUUGUUUGUUUAGAUCGUACCGAACUUUGCGUCGUUCUUCUCUCGACGCCAACGACGACAACGACGAUGACGACGACGACAACGACAACGACGACAAUGACGACGACGACGACAACUACACGCGACGAUCCCUCCUACUAUUUCUUUAUUUUCUUUCCUUUUUCGAUAAUCUUGUAGCGUUGUCAAUACAAUUAACGAACGGUGACGAUAUAAUAUAUAAAUAAAUAAAUAAAUAAAUAAUUAAAUAAAUAUAUAUAUGUAUAUAUAAAGAUAGAUAAGAAAAAAAUUGAAAAGCGUUCAAUAAAUUUCGAAAUGAUAACACACGAAUGUUAAAGGAUAAAAUAUAGGUUAGGAAAGCGAACGGUACGUAAGAGAGAAAAAUAAAAAGGGAUAUUUUAUAAAAAUGAAAUAAGAUUGAGAUAAAUCGAACGAAGUGAACAUCGGAGUCGAUUAAAUUUCGAUAAUAAAUCGUUAACGAUGUAUGAAGAGAGGUGAAAGAAAGAAGGAGAAAAAAGAUUGCGUAGAAGAGAAAAAAAAUAAAAAAGAAAGAAAGAUGUCCGAUAAUAUAUGUAAGAGGCAAAAAGACGAGAGAGAGAGAGAGAGAGAGAGAGAAAGAAAGUUGAGUGAGCAAGCGAGCAAACAAAAAGGCAAUCGAUUGGACGAUAUCACGUGUGCAACUGUAUGGCACAAUUGAUUUUACAUGGCUGAUCUAUUUGAAAUAUAGAAUUCAUUUAAAUUUCCUAACUUGUUAUAAAUAUAGAAAGGAGAAAUAGAACGGUUAAUCGCGACGAUGAUAAGCGUGAGAAAGAAAUACGCGUUCUGUUAAGUGCGUGGCUUGCGUAUGACGCGCGACUCGUGACGCGGCUCGUGACGCGUUCUAUCGUACAUAUGUAAGUACAUCGUCGUCUUUGUCGUCGCUUUAUCGUCGUCGUCGUGCACGCGAAAGCAUUGACAGGAUACAGGAGCUCGCGCGUGCGCUUCUACACGCAUACACGCGUGGAAAUAAAAUGCACGGAUAGAAGUAUGUUUAUAUAUAUAUAUAUAUAUACAUAUACAUAUAUAUAUAUAUAUAUAUAUAAAAUAUAUAUAUAUAUGUGUGUAUGUAGAAAUGAGAGACAGGAGACUGAUAAAGUGAGAUGGACACGCGCACGUAUGUAUGUACGUAACACUCACCAUCGGAUCAGCUCAAUGUUUCUCUCUCUCUCUCUCUCUCUCUCUCUCUCUCUACACUCUAUGCGUGCGAUUGACGUCUCGUGCACGCGCCACGUACCUAUGCGUAUCAAGGAAGAGAAAGAGAAAGAGAGAGAAAGAGAGAGAGAGAGAAAGAGAGAGAAUGAGAGAGAGAGAGUGAAAGAGAAAUACGGAGCAGAACAGUUUUCAGAGCGAAACGCGUCCAGAGUGCUUGAGAUCGAGCGAAUCACUACCGUAGAGUAUGGAGAAUUUCCACUUCGUGUUCCGUUUAUAUUCGAGGUCGAAUCGAUAUCCAAAGGCAAUGUGCUCUUACUACGAAUAAUGUCACCGGUACGAGACAAUGCGAUCAUGCGUCGACUUCCAAAUUUUUCUACCUGCUUUCUCUCCCUCGAAAAGAAAAAAAAAAGUAUCUAGAAAAUGAAGAGAGAGAGAGAGAGAGAGAGAGAGAGAGAAAAGGAUGGAAAGAAAAAAGCGGUUAAAAGAGUAAUCCAUAAAACAUUUACUUUUUGAUCUUAAAGCUAACGCGCAAGAUACAUUAAACGCGUUCGUAAAAUAGAAUGAAACACGUAAUCUGCGUAUUCACCAAUCACUAAUCACGAUUCGGGGUUGGAAGUGAUCAACGAAUGACGGGAACCAAUCCAACGAGUUAAAUCCAAUCGCGUUAGUUUUUCUUUGAUUACCAUUGGCGGACUGUGCUUCGUCGUAUCCGAAUCUUUCCGACCGUCCCCGAACUACGUAACCUUUAUAAAGCCCUCGUCUUAACGCGUUCGUGUAUGGCAUAGGUUAUAAAUGUCUCGGUGGAUAAAAGACUUGGUACGAUCUCCUACGACGAAUUUGGAACGAACGAUAAAUUAAAUGAGCCUCUCAAGUGACUGGUGUACUGUUCAUAAUAAUAACAUCAUACAACGAUUGUAUUUAAUUAGGAACCAAUGAUAUUUCAUUAGGACGAUGAAGCUUCUACCGAAAACAAAUAUUUAACGAUCGAAAUGGAAUACCCACGGAAAUGAGUCAUUAGUAACCGAAAUCACAUAUUGUUAAGAUAACAUUGACAUUAUUGCUUCGAACUAUUCGCUUUACUUAUCGAAAACGUUGUCGGCAAAAAUGAAGGAAUUACGUCUUUCCUCGAGAAAAAAAAGAAAAGAACUAUAAUAAACAUCUUGCUGCUGGUGGCUAUCGAUGUAUAAUCGAUUCUCGAAAAUUCCUCGAUAGUCUCUGUCCGUAUUCGGACAGAAUAAUGUUAUGCAUAAUAUCGUCGUUUGAAAUUAUGAUAACUUUGGUUACUAAACCCACACAUAUGUAUUAAAUAAAUACGAAUAACUACGACGAGAAAAUUCAACACGCACGCGUCCCAUUUAUUCGCGAUCAAAUACAUUCUACGUUUAAUUAAAAUAAGCAACAUGCCUUGUAUAACGUUACGAGACCAGAAGGCCUUCUUCAUCUUGCAUACAUUGUUGCAUCGUACGAUUUGCCAAUGAAUUAUUUUCACUUCGUUCACUUCGUUCCGAUAGUAUAUAAUUGAAACUAUAUCAUUAAUUAUGUCAGCGAAUAUUUCGACGAACAUACGUCUUAGAAAUUGAUACUUUCUUUUCGAAAUAUUUUUAAAACAAAAUAUUAUCAGACGCCAUGUUCAUUUUUCAAAGAAUAACUCUACCAUACAUAGGUACAUUUAUAUAGAUACUCAUAUAAUCUUACGUCGAACAGAUAGCCCUAAGAAAAAGUAUUCUUUCUUACAAGAUAUAUGUAUAUAUAUAUUUAUUCGUUUAUUUAUUUAUUUGUUUUAACUCAAGAUCGAUAUGAAAGAAUUUAAAAAAUAUCAUUAAACACGCGAGCAUGGUGGAUCUGAAGUAUAAACAUCGAUACGUUCCACGAGUUAUUUUGAAAAAUAAGCACCUUUAUUUUAGUUACGUGCAUACAUCGUAAUAUUCAAGUAUUUUUGAAUUACGUCAACAUGUUUACUACGUAUAAAUACUCUUUCUAGUUAAACGAAAAAUCUACGCCUUGAUUUAUGAGUUUCUCUGUUUUUGUCUUUUUUCUUCUUUUUUCUUCUUUUUCUGUGUGUUUUUUUUUUUUUCUUUUUCUUUUUUCUUUAACGAACCAUGAAUCUUCCUUGAAUGGAAUAGUAAAUAUCUAAUAUAAAUGUUUCAUUUGCUUUAGAUCAACAUCACGAAGGAUCUUACAUUGAAAUCAACGUCAAGUAGUUUAGAGAAUGGCGUAUUGAACGGGUGUAUUAAUUAACGAUUAAUUAGGAGUUAAAUGAAAUAGGGAAAUGGUUACUGGGAAAGAUCAAGGACUUUGUUAAGAAAAAAGAUUCAAAGUUAAAGACGAAAAUGUUUUGAUAAAAAAUUUUUUUCUUUUUUUUAUUUCUAACGAAUGAAUAGAUACCAAACGAAUGUAAUAUUAAGUAGUAUUACAAAGAAUAUUUCGCAAGUAAACUAUCGCGACAUAUUCGAGUGCCUUCGAUGAAGAAUGCGGGUACGGCGAGAAGCUCAAUGUUUCGCGUAUUGCAAUUUGUUCGUUCUCUUACAAUGAAAGUGACCUGAAGUAAUUUGAAAUGCCUCUCCCAGUUGUUUUUUUUUUAUAAAGCAAAUAAUUAUCUUUGUCGAUGCACCGAUUAAUGACAAUCAAUCGAUCGUUAUCAUUUUCGUACUCUAUUUGAUUAUUAUUAUACAUUUGCACGAUUUGAUUUAAUCGUCAAUUUUAAAUUUAUAUUAUAUAUACAGUUUAUGCUAAUAAUUAUCCAUUUAAUCUUUCCAAUAACUAUGUCAUCAAUAUUAAUUAGCACGAUUGGAACCGGAUAUAAAUUCGUAUUACUUUCGUGGAACCGGAUAUAAAUUCGUAUUGGCUUCAUUAUGCAACAUCUUUAAAUUAAAAUCGUACACUUUUAUUUCCGCAUUAUAUAUCUCAUAACAAACGUGCUUCGAAUACUUUGUUGAAAUUUGUUUUGAAAAUUCAUAUGAAGGAGAAAAAAAAAAAAAGAAAAAAAAAAAUACAGUUGCGUCCCUUUUUUUUUUUUUAUUUAGUUCAAGGAGUUGAUCCAGGAACGAAAAUGAAAGAAAUCGUAAUUAAUAUUACAAUAAAUUAUAGUCCUUUUUUAGGAACAAUAAUAGAAAAAGUAUAUUUCAAGGCUAAUAUUAGCAGAUUCAUAUCAGUGCGUUACAUCACAUGUAUCUUACUUCAUUAAAACGUAAUAUGAAUAACAAUAGUUUAUAUCGAUUGUGUGACGAAAUAUAUCUAUUUUUUAAUAUAAUCCAAACGGAGAAAACUCGAAAUAGAGGAUAACGCUUUAGUAAAGUAUUAACUUUAUGCAUAUGGAUUUGAUUUGUGAUAUGUUAUAAAAAACGUCGAUGAAAAAUUCGACAUCGAUUUGUCAAUCUUUCUAAAUCCCUUUUCUUUCUCUCUCUUUCUUUCGGAUGCAUAAUUCUAGGUAUGAACGUAUUACGAAAGUGAUCAUAACUUUUACUUUCGUAACAUUUUUCUUUUUCUUUUCGAGUAUUCCAUAUUAAGUUUGAAAACGUCACAUAUUCGAACUUUAGUGAUAACCAAGGACGUAAUUAGCGAGUACACGAGACGUGAUUGUAGGUAAAUACCAAGAUAGUGUAUUAAAAUAAGAAUAUUUUGCGGAACUAGAUGGUAAUAAGUCAUGAAACCGACACAGAGAGAGAGAGAGAGAGAGAAAGAGAGGAAAGAAAAUUUUGUUCGUAAAAUUGUUUAACUUUUUAAGAUAUCAUUAUGAUGCACGAUGUUAACGUAUUUCACAUAUAAAUGUUUCCCGUUGUCGUCGUUGUUCAGUUUAAAUAAAGUCAGUCGCACGCGUACCGAAUAUUUUCCCUUAUGUAUCGCGGGUGCGUAUCGCGUUUCCGUUAUAAAAAGAGUGGGGCAUCUACCCCUCUUCUUCUCGAUGUUCUAAGUCGAUGUCGACGAGAACAGAGUCUCGAAGGAUCGAAACGACCAUCCAUUCGUCGAGUAAGUCUUCGAACAGUCGUUCGUAUCGGUUCGUUUCUUCGUUCGGAUAUCUUUUUACCAACGAUCGAUCGAUCGAUCGAUCAAUCUAUCAUUUUUUAUCCCGAUCGAUCAACCCUUUAACAGUUAUUGAUCUCUCACAAUCUCUCGAUGAGAAAAGUUCUCUCGUCGAAUUUAUCACGAGCGACGAGUGCAUACAAGAAAGAAAAUCCAAUAUAUUCACGAUAACGAUAAAUAGGAUAUAGAGAAGAAAAAACCUUACCAAACGUAACAGAUAUCUUUUCAACGAAUGAAAAUGAGUACCAUGAUCCAUCGUCAUUUAUCACGUUUCUUCUUUCUACUUUCCUUGAUUCGAUUUUCGAACGCUGGAAAACCCGUCGAUAUUCUUUCUACCAGUGGUGGCUUCAGCGUCUUUAAGGAAGACGAGAUUCUUCGAAUUUUUUCACCUAACAAGACGGACCCCUCAGAUAAUUUCACUAUUAUCGAUUUCAUCGGUAUCUUGGAAAAUCACACUGCGGAUGGAUUGGACAAGGUUGUCUGGAAGUUAAUUAAUUCCGAAACAAUUUUUACCAAUCCGUAUUACGAUACCUUCACCAAGGAAAUCAAUCUGGAAGCUAGUAGAUUGUUAAAAAUUGUACCUGCAUAUGAUCCUGGUGCAGGUAGUGUUAGUACAGAAUGCAAAAGGGAUGCUGAAAAAUUCCAUCGGGAGCUCAAUAAAUUCACUUUGUGGGCUUUGAAAAUGUAUGAUGCAACGGCUAAGAUACCUUCUGGUCUUUUAAAUGGUAAUGUGAAUCAACUCGGUGAUUUCGAUGAAUGUAUCGAAACCGUGGGAAACGAUGGUAUUCAGGGACAAUAUUGUUUGGCUUAUUUGCAAUUGGACAUUGAUGAAUCUCGACCUGAUUUGAAGCAUCUUCAUCGUCUUCUUCAUUCUCAUUAUAUCAUCAGAAGCAACGUAACAGAUCCAGGGCAUAGAGUACCACGUUUCAGUACAGUAAAUUGGGCCGUUUGUACACCAGCAUCUUGUUCCUUUCGUGACGUUGAGAUCUCUCUUCGCGAUACCCUAUCCAAAUACACAUCUCAAAGUGGAUUAAAGAUUUCGGUUCGUGUCGAUCGAGAGAUGUGUCAAAUGAAAAAUAAUCAGCCACUUCCAAGAGAAACCAUUUUCGUGAGUAUUUUCUUCGUUUCUGCGGCAGUAUUAACUCUAAUUGCUGCAUAUUACGAUCAUCGUAAAUUGUCAACAAGCGAAAUUCUUUUAUCCUUUUCGCUGAAACGCAAUUUUCAAAAACUUAUCUCAUUGGAAAGAAUUGAAGGGGAUAUAACAAUAUUGCACGGAGUGCGAGCAUUUAACGCUUUGAUGUUAUUAUUAGCUCAUAAAAGUAUGGCACUAUUCUACAAUCCUUACACCAAUAGAACGGGCAUGAGCGAGUAUUUAGGUGAGCCAUGGACGGUCGUAGGCAGAGCUGCCAGCCUUUACACCGACCCAUUUAUCAUGCUCUCUGGCCUUCUUACCGCAUAUUCUUUUCUUGGAAGAAUAAAAAAAACUGGCCAUUUGGAUAUUAAAAAUGAAUAUCUCUCGCGAUUUUUGAGACUGGUACCAACUUUAGGGGCAUUGAUAUUAUUUUGUACUUAUAUCUUGCCGUAUCUGGGUUCCGGACCUCAAUGGAAUUUAGUUGUUAUACAACACGCUAAUAUUUGUAAACAAACGUGGUGGAGAAAUUUCUUAUUUAUUCAUAAUUAUUUUGGAUUUGAGAAUAUGUGUUUGACGCAUACGCAUCACGUAGGUAUAGAUACUCAACUUUUUGCACUGUCUCCUCUAUUGGUAUUGCUCUUAUACAAAAAACCAAAGAUCGGUAGUAUCAUACUUUUUACUUUAGCUACAUUUUCGACGAUAUUGAGAUAUUACGUUACAUAUUUUAAACGUCUUAAUAAUUAUGUCUACUUUGGUAUUUCAAUAAAACAAUUGUUUGAUACGGCUAAUAUGUCGUAUAUUUUACCAACUCACAGAUUGACCGUAUAUAUUAUUGGUAUAUUUGUUGGAUACUUGCUACGAUCUUUACCUAAAGAAUAUAAAAUGAAAAAAACUACCUAUUACAUAGGCUGGAUUUUAUGUACGGUAAUGUUCUUUGGCUCCGUUUUUGGUCCAGCAAAAAUGGGAACUAUUGAUUAUAUUUAUAAUCCAAUGCAUGCAGCCGCAUAUAAUGCUUUUGCUCCUAUCGGAUGGUGCGCACUUUUUGCUUGGAUAAUAGUGGUACAUCAAACAGGAAAUACAAAUGGAUGGUUAACCAGAAUUUUAGCUUGGAGAGGAUUUUUAAUUACCACGAGACUCGGUUAUGCGAUUUAUUUAACGCAAUUCCCUGUAUUUUUCUACAAUGUCGGACAGACUCGUAGUGCCGAGUAUUAUGACUUUUUAAAAUUGGUGUUUAAUAUCGUAGAAAUGGUAUGGAUCCUUAUCGCAUCCGUUAUUCUUACUCUACUCUUUGAUACGCCCUUUCAAAAUAUCAAGAAUCAUUUACUGAAAAAACAAACGCUACGAGAACAAAUAUCAAAGCCAUUGAAAUUGGAAUAAUGUAGAUAUACCAAAUGUAUUUUAUUUUUCUACCAAAAUUAUAUUUAAGUAUUGUAAAUAGUCCCGACGAAUUGUGUAUAUAUAUAUAUAUAUAUGU